CCGACACCGGGUUCGGUUCUGAAAGUCACCGGAAACGGUCAGCACCGGGACACGUUGACACUCAGACGGACGGAGGCAGACAUGAGUGAAGUGGUGGAGGAAGCCGUGGACAGCUCUGCAGUGUCCGAGGAGCAAGUGGAGGACCAGCAGGAGACGUCGCAGGAAGAGCUUUCCAGUGUGAACAUGAGUCGUGUCAAAGCAUCCGUUGUUGGUGACAUCAUCGAGGGCAAGCGGCCAAAGAAAACCAUCGCGAGGUUCAAUUUCCAGGCACCCAAGCAAAUGGAGAAGCUCAAGAUUGAAGAUGGUAGUGGAGAUAAAUUGGGAGACAUUCCACGCACCAGCUUCCAGCUCACCAAGAUGAAGCCAGCUGAUCUGAAACCUCUUCACGCCAUCCUGUUCGACAGACCGGGAAAGAUAGCCACAAUAAAGAAGAACUUGCGUCUGUUUAACGGAUUUGGUUUCGAUGGCGACAGUGAACAGUACAUCAAAAAACGAGACAAGCUCCGCAAAAAUUCAAAUUUCAACAACACAAAGCUGAAAGUUGUCUGUGGUGUUUUGGAUCUGGAGAAGAAAGGAGCUCACAUGGAUCUGGUCGACAGGAUCAUGAGUUUCCUCAUUGCACCUAAAAACAGUGGGAAGCGUCUCCCUGUGAGGAAGAAGAGGAAGUCAAAGAAGAAACUGUCGGGCGACAACUCGAAGACACCGACCAAGAAAAAGAGCAAAUCCAAACCCAUGAGCUCGUCCAGUCCCAAAAAGUCCAAAGCAGGAAGCAAGUCCAAAGCCAUCGUCAUGGACUCUAGCAGUGACGAGGAUGAUGAGGAGGAGGAUGAGAAGGUGGGGGCGUCGGCUGAGGCUGAGGGAUCAGACAUGGAGGAGAAACUGUCAGAGAAAGAGGAAGACCAGUCCGACAAGUCGGAGCAUUCUGCUGACGAAGAGGAGGAGGGCGACGAUGACGUUGAGGAUGAGGAUUAUGAUUCUUCAAAAUCAGAGUUGAGCAGAGGGAAGAGCGCAUCAAAGAAAUCAGCGUCAGUGAAAAGACAAAGGACGCCAGCGAAGAAGACGGGUCCUCCUAAGAAGAGAGCGAAGAAGGACGUUUCAGACGAGUCAGAGUCCGACAGCGUCAGCGAACCUGAGGAGAAGCCCAAAAAGAAGAAGCCUGCUGUGGUCAAACCUGCGGCCAAGACAAAGAAGGCCGACAGCAGCAGCAACCGCAAAAACAACACGAACACAGCAGGCGACAGUUCAGGCGGCGGCGAGCCGCUCAUCAAGAUGAUCAAGAAAGCCCGACCGACGGACAGCUGAAGGACCACGGUCCAGAGUUUGCUGAAGGAGGCGAAUCUGGAGGAGAUGACCAUGAAACAGAUCUGUCAGAGGGUGUUUGACAGCUUCCCAGACCACGACCUGAGCAGCAAAAAGGACUACAUCAAACAGACAGUCAAAUCUCUCAUCACAUGAAGAUCAGGAAGUCGUGAAACUUCACAAGAGAAGAAGAGUUCAGCACAAAGGACUGAAAAGUUUGUUUCAUUAGUUCUGUUUGUUUUCAUAAAAACAGUUUUCUACAUGAUUGUUUUUAUUAUUAUGAAUGUUUCACGUUACCUCCACAUCGUUCAUCUUUUUUAAUGCUCUCUGCUCGAGUCCAAAGCAAAGUAGGAAAAAAUUUUAACCAAUAAAAAAAGGACAAUUUUUAAAAACAAGUGGAAAAACCAACAUUUCUUCAACUUUACAAACUGUUGUGUAGUUUUCUUCAGUGAAGUCGACUUCAUACAAGAGUUUGUAUCAGAAAAUCUGAAUUAAACAACUGCUCUGUUAGAAAAUGUUUGAUUCAUUAAUUCUAUAAUUUGACUUGAUGCAUUUGGCUUCAAAUAUAAGCAGUUUUGCAGGUUACAAUAUUGGACAUUGUAAGAAUUCAUGUGUUUUUGUGUUUGUUUUAUUUAAAACACAUUUUUACAAACCUGAUCUUUGCUUUUGACUCAUUUUUAUUUUUGGAUAAAAAUGUGUGUGUUUCUUAUUAGAUUAAGUUAUUUUUGAUUUAAACAUUUGUAAUUAAUUGUCUUGAAGCUGAAAACAGUCAAACCUUUUUUAUUGUGGAUUUUGGAUUUGUUCGUUCCCUUUGGUGAUUUUCUGUCAAACAUCAUUUACACUUUUCACAUUCAUAGAUUAACAGUCGUUUACUUCCUGAAUAAAAUUCUACCUUUUUUAACAAAA